GGCUGAUGUCUAUCAAGUGAAAUAAUGUAAUAAGGUCAUCUAUGAUGUCAACAAAAGAUCAAAUCGCAUAGAAACACUGAUACAAUAUGACUCAUCCAAUAACAAAUAAAAAAGCGGGGGCGUAAUUUUCCGAUGUGUGAAGAAGGAAAUGCAGGUGGUAAAAAACUGUUGGUGGUCUCAGACACUCACAUAUUCACAACAAUGAUUCUGCAUCUUCUUGUUUUCGAGCUAUUCAACAUCUCAGGUGCGCAAGAUGUUCGUACUGUUAGUCGAGUGUCUGUGCAGGAAGGAAACUCCAUCAUAAUCCCUUGUUGGUAUAAGCAAAUGUAUGUAAAUAAUGUAAAAUACUUGAGCCGCGGACUGUCUUUGGUUGAUAGUGAAUAUGUUAUAAAAUCAAAUGGAGGAGUGAAACACAACAGCAUUUCUAUAUCGGAUAAUAAAACUUUGAAUAUCCUGACUGUGGAAAUGAGGAGCGUUCAGAAGACUCAGACUGGUACAUACUGGUGUGGGAUUGAACUAUAUCGACGCCGUAUUGGAGCAAAUUUCUAUUUACAGGUUACCACAGGUAUUCCCGGGCUCUAUGUAGAGAAUCAGAUGUUGUCAGGAUUUGAGGCUGGUAGUGUAAACAUCUCUUGCCAUUAUCAUGAACCCAGGAGAAGAGAUGAGAAGUGGUGUAAGCUGGGUGGUGACUGCAUAGACGUUUCAUUUGUAUCUUUUAACAGUGAAUCUGUUAAGGUCAGAUAUUUAUCUGGAUUAAUGAUUGUCACCAUGAACAAACUGAAGACAGAGGACACAGGAUGGUACUGGUGCUCUGUGAAAGAACUACAAAUUCCUGUUCAUAUUACUGUAUAUAAAAGAGAAACCAUCAUCACUACCACUAAACAGAUGACAUCUGAGCCAUCCAGGUCACCCAGCACUGUACAGCCUUCAGGAACCUUCACAACUCAAACUCUGAACAGUCAAACACUGUCAGUGAAGAAACACAGUCCAGAUCGUGUGAAAGACAACUGGAACAGGCAGCUCCUGAUGAAGAUGAAUUGA